CAACCCAGAAGGUGUAGAAUUAAUGGCGUUCCGUUUCCUUGGCAGGAUGCGCAAGUUGAUGUAACGAUUGUGAAAAGAUGUGAUGACCUAACUGCUACUGAUCGCGUCUCCCUGAGCCUACUUCAACGUUUGUAAGUCCUUACAUUGAUGGCAAUGGUACUGAUGUGGAAAAGGGAUCUGAAUUUCUCUACAAGAAAUUGGUCUGUUCAGCUUCCUCCUUCAGUCGUCAUUAAUCACAGGUAAUUUAGUAAGGAGAUAACAUGGAACAGCAGCUUUUCUCAACUUCUCUGUUAAGUGGCAUCAGCAGUUCUACACCUUCUGUUGAUCCAGCUAUCUUAUACAGCCAUUGGUCUGUAUUUGCUGAUGAUAGUGUGCCUCCAGUUACUUUUCACGAUGGACCUAAACAGAGGACCCAGUUUAGUUUGUCAGAUUCUGGAAAUGCACCUGAUUUAUUUGGACUGGUCUCCAGCAUACUGGAUGAACCUGACAAACCAGAAUCGUUAUCUGACUGCAGGGGUUCAUCCUCUAGGUUAUUUCAGUCAAUUUGGUCGAAUGCAAAUGGGGAUUCUGUUGGACCAACUUUGAAAAAUAACGUGGAUCACAGUAGAAUUGCAAAUCGUUUAGGUGUUCCUCAGUACUAUGAAGAGAACUCUCAGGCAUUAUCUGAAACGGGAAAAUUUGAACUUGUUCAGGAUUUUCAAAGUUUUAAUCUUUCAGAACCAUGGAAGACCAUGAUUAAUAAGGAUGCCAAUCAGUCUGAUUCUCGACCCAGAGAUCUGUCAUCCUCAGCAAGAGACAAUGCUUUGUCUCAUAAAGAAGGGUUCUCCUUCCAGACCAAGGAAUUUGAUGGCUGUUUACGGGAUUAUGAGGAAGCAGAAAGGGGAAUUUCUGAUUUUACUACACAUAACUUUCAUAAUAAUUGUGGCAAUAGUAACACAAUCAAAUGCAAGGAAUACUAUAAAACUGACUGUUUUAGAGAGAAUAAAUUUGUAACAUCGGGAAUUAAAGAUCGCAGUCAGAAUUGUGAAAGUAGUUAUGGCCCUCACGUUGGUGAAUUGUGGGGCAAGGUUUUGCAGGAAAAACAACCAAUUCAAAAAGGAUUUGAAGACUUCAAUGCAAGUUCUCUUAAAAAUAACUCUUCUGUUUCACAAAUGAACUUCUGUGGGCAGCAAAUUUCCAGAGAGAAUGGCUUUGUGGCUGAUAUAAACCGAAAAUCUGCAUUAGACUUUCCAAAACAGGAAAACCAUACUCGUGUUUUACGAGGCACCUUUGAGAUUCAAUGUGAAAAGCUUCACCAGAAUUGUUUAGAUGAUUUCCCUAUGUCAUCGGAGUAUGUUAAUUUAACAAACGUUCUGCCACAGAUUGAUGAAUAUAGUCCUCAUUCUUCCCAAAGCAGCCUAUUGUGGUCUGAUAACAACAUGUUAAGCUCCUCUGGUGAGCCUAGUCCAGUGUUUAGAAAAGAUGGGAACAUCAUUUCAACAAGUUGUCAAACAUCAACUAUUUCUGCUGUAAGUAGUGGUUCUUCAGCACAAUUACCAAUUUCUGGUGCCCUUCAAUCUAUGUAUUAUCCUUCAACAGCUCCAUUGGAAUCCUUAAGGCAAAAUGAAUGCCAGAAAUUCCCAAACAAUACCAUUAGAAAUUGGGGUUCAUCCAACGCUAGUGUUCAGAUGCAAGAACAAAAGAAGAUUACUACAUCAUUGCAGAAUGAAUCUUCUGCGACCAGAGAUAAUCAGUUUCGAAAACGAUGUACUGGCUUUGGUAACAACUGGACACAACAUCACAAUGAUGAUUCAGGCAAAUAUUUCAGAGUUUCCAAUAAACAUGGACAUAAUGGUGCUAACAACAGAGAUGAUAAGAGGGGGCGGAAAAAUGCGUAUCAACAUGCUUUGCAGUUGGGACCUUUUGGUCAAAAUCCCCAACAGUAUCACAGAAAACAAGAACAGGAUGGUAGCAAUUUAUCUGAUUUCAUUAAUCAUUCUUUCGUACCCCCAUUUCCAUUCAUGAUGCCUGAUUAUAAACCGAAUCAAAACUUCUCCCAAUUUGGUCCACAUGGAUUUUCCUCACCUAGUUUUCCUUUCCCUCCUUCAACAUUUCCAUUCCCUGAAUUAAUUGACUUUUUUCAUUAUGAUGACUUCAAUCAGCUGCACCCUUUUAUGAAUGAUCUUUUUGGUGGAGAUAUGAUUGCACCCUACUUUGGAUUUCCACCUCCUUUUUCCAAGUACAGACCUAUGAAGAAUCGUAGUGGUCCAGCAAAUGAACUUCACAUACGACUGGAAGAGUGUUAUGAGCAGUGGCGGGCUUUGGAAAAGGAGAGGAAAAAGACUGAAGCAGAGCUUGCAAGAAAUUUUCCUGGAAAGCGAGUGUCUAGUUCAAACAAUACACCUAUUCCUCGCCUGCCUUCCAACCCUUCAAGAGUAGAUCGUUUAAUUGUUGAUCAGUUACGCGAACAAGCUAGGGUCUUGACUUUGUUUGGCAAAAUGGAGCGUCUUCAAAGUUCUCCCAUUCAUGCUAAUAUCUCUUCAACUCUCAAUUGUCAUUUGGAAGCCAUUCAUGUCACACAAGCACGUCGUAAAGAUGAAAUAAUUAAUGCUACAAAUCGUCAGAGGCAGGGAGCGCCUCGCUACAAUGAUGACAAGGAUGUGUUGGCUUUGGCAGCUGCCAUAAAGGAUUUGACUAUUUCAACACGUAAGGCCCGUACUGCUCUCUGGUGUGCAUUGCAGAUGAUCUUGCCAAAAUGUUUCCUGGGGACUGUAGUCAAGCAAGUUGAAAUUGAAAAGGCAUUAAAACAACUUGGUCAGGGGAGUGCUACUGUCAAAAAUGAUGACAAGAGACUUGCUGAAGAGAAAAUUGUGGAAAAGCCUGAAUCUGACCUUGCUGGACAUGCACCAAUAAAAAUGGAAAUUGAUUGUAAAAGAGAAGUGUGUUGAAAAAGCAAUAGCUUAAAAUGCAACUGCGUUCUAUUCUGUGAGUUCUGCUAUGGAAUAUGUCAAACUGUGGAUGAAGUGUUUAAAGCACUAUUGCGUAUCUGUUUGCGUUGUAUGAACUUCUAGGAUUAAUGAUGAGCCACGUUUUUUAAAAAAAAAGCUUGCCGAAAUUUGAAAUUAACCUUGUAAUCUGAAUGGUAAGGGCAAGUUGAUUACCUGAGAAGAGAGAGGAGGAAUGAUGUGGAACAAUGUUAUUUGGUUAUCAGUUUUGAAAACAAUGAAAUUUGAUCUCAGUACAAGUGUGAAAUUUUGAUCACCAUUUCUAUAAGAUCCUGACACUACAUUUGUGCUGUAAGAAGUAAUUUCAGCUGCAUCAGGAUAUUGACAAACUUAUUUCUAUUUGAAACUGGCUUUGGUAUGUGUUAAUAUCACUAGAUUGUAACCAGGCUGUUCAGGAGCUUUCACCACAUCUUGUGCAGAAGAGGGGAGAAACCAAAUAAUUGUUUUUUUUAGUACUGAAACAAGAAUUUAAAUUUUAGUGAAUGAAGUAAUUAUUAGUGAAGAAAUAAUGAACCACUGUGGCACUACUAAGGGAGUAGAGUACUGUUGCAGUUUUAUGUAGCACCCAUUUCGACCUGAUUUUGACAUGUUGGAGAACUGUCGAGAACUACAGUUGUUUGCCUUUUUAGUUUCUAAAUUGCAAUAUAAUUUCUAUUGCGUUGAGUUUAUUCAAAAAGCCAAUCAAUGAAGCAAGUUCUUUUCUUUUAUGCUUUGUGGUUAUGUAGAAUAUUUCUUAAUUAAAUUUUAAAUUAUGAAAUAUUAUUGAAAACUAAAAUGUUCCAUUCUGAGGAAUAUUAAUAAAUGCCAUUAAACCUGUUUAACUGGGGAUUAACACAAUAAGAUCAACUGUAACACUGAACUGGUUUAAAAAAAGUAAUGGUGCUAAAAUCCACUAGAAGUGAACAAUUUCAUUAUUUAAUAGGUUAUUUUCAUAUUCUACUGACAUUCUGUGCGUUAUUACAGAAUUUGUUAGAAUCUCUUGUCUUUCUUUGAACUAGUGUGCCGUGGUCAGAUUCUAAAUUUAGUUUAGGCAUUGGAACUUUGGAACAGUACUGUCCACUUUCCAAAGUAUUGUGAUACCAAUAAGAUUUGAGAAAAUUUAGAAAAACAGAAUUGGAAUUGGAUCAUUUUUAAAUUAAAAGUAACUACAUAGAUAAUUGGGAAUUUGAUUACUUUUUCUCUCGAAUUUUCUUCAACUUUACUUUGUAGUCACGUGAAUAAAUUAGAUUGU